AUGGGGUGGUGGCUCCUCCCUGUUCUGACCCUCGCUGCUUUCCGCCCCACCCAUGCUGAGGAAAGCACCUGCGAUGGAGUCUGCGGAAGGCGUCCCCUGGCAGGCAGCCAUAACCUCCUCCGGGUUGUGGGCGGCAGCAACGUUCUCCCCGGAACGUGGCCCUGGACGGUCAGCUUCCAAAUACUUACUUAUACGGGAUACUUCAGUAUUUGUGGAGGCUCCCUGAUCAGCCCUCGAUGGGUCCUCAGUGCGGCCCACUGCUUUCAAGAACCAAAGGAAAUACCAAACAUCACUCUGUCGAUUGGUGCCAACCGCAUCUCCGACCCCGGCCCCGAUGCCCAGAGGCGCUCGAUCAAGAGGCUGCUGAACCACAAGCAAUACGUGCGCUUCUGGAACAAAACCUACAGCAAAAUACACAACGACAUUUCCUUGGUGGAGCUGAACGAGCCAGUCAACUGCACGGACUACAUUCAGCCAGCCUGCUUGCCAGAUGAAAGCGUGGCGGUUUCCAAGCUCGGGCACUGCUAUAUCAGCGGUUUUGGCAUCAUGGACCCGACAACGAAAAAAAUGCCCGACAUCAUGCAGGAGGGGUCUGUUGACAUCAUCCCCAGGGCGACUUGCAGCAGCCCGGACUGGUGGUACCACUAUAUUCUCGAGGAGAACAUCUGCGCUGAAAAUUUGGAAACAGGCACUACUAUGUGCCAGGGCGACAGCGGUGGCCCCCUCAUGUGCCGGGAGCAGAGGUCUGAACGCUACUGGGUGAUUGGAAUCACCAGCUGGGGACCACCAUUCUGCGGCCAGAAAAAGAAGCCGGGGGUCUACGCCUCCACGCAGUUCUACAUCGACUGGAUCAGGAAGAUGACCAACGAGGACUUUUCCCCACCCAAAAAACCACCGCUAAUGGCACAGCCCCGGCCUACGCCACGUCCACGCCCACCUCCAACGCCACAGCCCCAACCGGGACAAAAUGGGAAUGUGCCAUAUCCCAGGCCCCCUAAAGCAGACGGGGUCACCAGACCUUGGCCACCCCCCAAGACCACUCCCCAUACCACUCCUAUGGUCUGGCCCACCACCAGACCUUGGCCACCCCCCAAGACCACCUCCCAGACCCAUCCUGUGGUCUGGCCCACGACCAGACCUUCACCACCCCACAAGACCACUCCCCAGACCCCUCCUGUGGUCUGGCCCACGACCAGACCUUCACCACCCCACAAGACCACUCCCCAGACCCAUCCUGUGGUCUGGCCCACGACCAGACCUUCACCACCCCACAAGACCACUCCCCAGACCUGGCCCACCACCAGACCUUGGGGACCCCCCAAGACCACCCCCCAGACCCAUCCCAUGUCCUGGUCCACUCCCAGACCCAACUCCCAUCCCACACGGUGGACCCAAGGAGGGGGUCCCAGGCGCAUUAUAUGUGGAUUCCAGGAAAACAUGGAGGAAGCAACAACACCUGGAGCCAGCAGAAGGAUGGAGUGGUGGCUCCUCCCUGUUCUGGCCCUCGCUGCUUUCCGCCCAUCCCAUGCCAAGGAAAGCAACUGCGAUGGAGUCUGCGGAAGACGUCCCAUGGCAGGCAGCCAUAACCUCCUCCGGGUUGUGGGCAGCAGCAACGCUUCCCCCGGAACAUGGCCCUGGAUGGUCAGCUUUCAAAUAAAAACUUUUAGGGGAUACUUCAGUUUCUGUGGAGGCUCCCUGAUCAGCCCUCGAUGGGUCCUCAGCGCAGCCCACUGUUUUCAGAAAGCAAAAGAAAUACCAAAUAUCAGCCUGUCGAUUGGCGCCAACCGCAUCUCCAACCCUGGCCCCGAUGCCCAGAGGCGCUGGAUCAAGAGGCUGGUGAACCACGAACUCUUUGAGCACUUCUUGAACGAUACCUACAGGAAAGUGCACAACGACAUUUCCUUGGUGGAGCUGAACGAGCCAGUCAACUGCACGGACUAUAUUCAGCCAGCCUGCUUGCCGGAUGACAGCGUGGUGGUUUCCUUGCUCAAGCACUGCUAUGUCAGCGGUUUUGGAAUUAUAGACCCGAAAACGAGAAAAUUUCCCGACAUCCUGCAGGAGGGUACUGUUGACCUCAUCCCCAUGGCAACAUGCAGCAGCCCGGACUGGUGGUCCAAUAGGAUCCUCGAGGAGAACAUCUGCGCUGGAACCUUGGAAGGAGGCGUAGCUUCUUGCAAGGGCGACAGAGGCGGCCCCCUCAUGUGCCGGGAGCAGAGGUCCGAACGCUACUGGGUGGUUGGAAUCGCCAGCUGGGGACCGUCUGUCUGCGGCCAGGGAAAAAGGCCGGGGGUCUACACCUCCACACAGUUCUACCGCGACUGGAUCAGGAAGAUGACCAAUGAGGACCUUUCACUACCCAACCACCCACCGCCAAUGGCACAGCCCCAGCUUAUGCGACUGCCACACCCCCCUCCAAGGCCACAGCUCCAAAUGCGACAAAAUGGGAAUGUGCCAUAUCCCAGGCCUUGGCCACCCCCCAACGCCAGCCCUCAGAUCCCUCCUGUGGUCUGGUCCACCACCAGACUUUGGCCACCCCCCAAUGCCACCCCUCAGAACCCUCCUGUGGUCUGGCCCACCACCAGACCAUGGCCACCCCCCACGACCACCCCCCAGACCCGUCCUGUGACCUUGGCCACCCCCCACGACCACCCCCCAGACCCCUCCUGCGGUCUGGCCCACCACCGGACCAUGGCCACCCCCCACCACCACCACCCAGGCUCCUCCAGCAUCCUGAGCCAACUCCCAUCCCACACGGUGGCCCAAAGGAGGGGGUCCCAGUCCCGUUAUAUCGGACAUGGCUCCUGGAACAAGGCCCACGGGACCGGGCAACUCGACUCCCUCCCGGGGCCCAAUCUGGGGCCUAACGUCCAUGCGGUUGGGAAGAUUGCAUCUGAGGACAAGGGCCCCAGCUUGGCAUGGGCAGAUUUACAGGCCGUGGGUCUCGAUUCGAAGGCCGUGGGUCACGAUUCGCACAGCCCCACCACAGAUUGA